UGCCGAGGGAGUUAGCUGAGCACUCGUUACAUGUCAGACCAGACGCAAGACCGGUGAAACAACCCCUUCGACGCUUCGCGGAUGACAGAAGGAAAGUCAUAUCAGAAGAAGUAUACCGGCUUCUAACUGCCAGCUUUAUCAUGGAAGUGUUGCAUCCCGACUGGCUAGCAAACCCGGUCAUGGUCGAAAAGAAGAAAGACGACCCAACUGCUGCCAAAGUAUGGCGCAUGUGUAUCGACUACACCAGCCUAAACAAGGCAUGUCCCAAAAACCCAUUUCCGUUACCUUGGAUCGAUCAAGUGAUUGAUUCCACUGCCGGGUGUGAGUUGUUGUCUUUUGUGGAUGCGUACUCUGGUUUUAUCAGAUACCAUUGAACCCUAAUUAUCAAAUAAAGACAUCGUUUAUCACCCCGUUCGAGGCUUAUUGCUAUCGCACUAUGCCGUUUGGUUUGAGAAACGCAGAAGCUACCUAUCAAAGGUGCAUGCAGAAGUGCUUGCACGAUCAACUCGGCAAAAACGUACAGGUAUAUGUGGACGAUGUUGUCAUAAAAACCAAACAGAGCGCCACGCUUCUAGAUGAUAUCCGGGAAACAUUCGCAAAUCUGCGGAGGUUCCGAAUGAAACUGAACCCGGCCAAGUGCACAUUCGGUGUGUCGGCAGGAAAGUUGCUCGGGUUCCUGAUACCAAGCCGAGGAAUAGAAACGAACCAUGUGAAAAUUGCCGCUAUAGAAAGAAUGAAACUGUCAAAGUGCCUCAAAGAUGUGCCGAAAUUCACGGGAUGCCUAGCGUCGCUAAGUCGUUUCGUGAGUCGGCUCGGUGAAAAGGCUAUGCCCUUAUACCAGCUGAUGAAGAAAGCCGACAAAUUUGUGUGGACGCCACAGCCAGACCUAGCUUUCCAGGAGUUGAAGAAAAUGAUUGCUACAACACCGAUAUUGGCCUCUCCAAUGGAGAAGGAGCCGAUGUUAUUAUACAUCUCAGCAACCAACCAGGUUGUCAGUGCCGUCAUUGUGGUGGAAAGAGAUGAAGAAGGAAAAUUGGUGCAAAGACCGGUAUAUUACUUAAGCGAGGUGCUAUCAUCGUCCAAGCAGAACUAUCCCCAUUAUCAGAAAAUGGCGUACGACAUUUAUAUGGCGGCAAAGAAGUUAAAGCACUACUUUGAGGCACAUCAGAUCCGAGUUAUAUGUGAGGCACGUGUCUCGGAAAUCAUGAGUAACAAAGACGCAAGUGGCCGAGUCGCAAAAUGGGCUGUCAAGUUGGCACCCUAUGCGCUGCAGUACGACAGACGAGAUGCCGUGAAAUCUCAGGCUUUGGUGGAUUGGGCCGAGAUGGAAUAUGAGCCAUCGCCCUCGGAAACCAAUUACUGGAAGAUGCAUUUUGAUGGCUCUAAGAUGAAAAGCAGGCUAGGUGCCGGCAUAGUUCUGACUUCGCCCAAGCGAGAUCAGCUCAGGUACGUAUUGCAGAUUCACUUUGCAGCAUCUAACAAUGUUGCCGAGUAUGAAGCGCUGGUGCACGGUCUGAAAAUGGCAAAGGAAAUUGGAGUUCGCCGGAUUCAAUGUUUUGGUGAUUCCGAUCUAGUCGUCCAGCAAGCUUUCGGCAACUGGGACGCAUUGGAUGCCAACAUGGCGCUAUACCGGUUCCAUAUCCAGAAGAUCAGUGGCCAUUUUGAAGGAUAUGAGUUUCACCACAUACCUUGGGCGGAAAAUGAAGCAGCUGACACGUUAUCGAAACUCGGUUCAACGCGACAAGCCAUUCCGGCGGGGGUAGCACUAGAGCAUUUACGCAGGCCAUCUAUCAAACCAUCGCCAGAAUCGGAGUCUAUAUUUAUCCCGGCGAGUUCAGAGGCCGGCGCCACUCCCAUGGACAUUGACGGUGGCAACGGUUCCGGUAACCCGGGGACUGAGUGCCCUAACUCGGCGGAAGCAAUGGCAGUUGAACCAAUGGAGAUAGACGAGCCGGAUGAGCCAAUCUUCACCACUCGUCCUGUGCCUGCAUGGGCGCAACCGAUAGUGUCUUACCUCAAAGAUGGGAAUCUCCCGGAAGAAGAGGUGUUGGCAAGGCAAAUCCAGAGAAGAGUGAAGGCGUACACUAUCAUCAAUGGUGAGCUUUACAAGAGGAGCGUCACUAACGACGUACAGCGGUGCGUCGAGCCGAAAGAAGGGCAAGAAAUACUUCGGGAUAUUCAUCAAGGAGAGUGUGGGCAUCACGCGUCUUCGAGAACGCUAGUGGGCAAAGCUUUCCGACAUGGUUUCUAUUGGCCGAGUGCGCUACAGGAAGCGGAAGACAUAGUCAGGAAGUGCAAUGGCUGCCAGAGGUAUGCCAGCAAGAUCCAUAUGCCAGCAUCCGAACUCAAAACCAUCCCAAUCACUUGGCCGUUUGUUGUCUUGUGCUUGGAUAUGGUAGGACCGUUCAAGCGAGCGCGAGGAGGCAUGACGCAUAUCCUAGUUAUGGUCGACAAGUUCACGAAAUGGAUCGAAGUCAAACCGAUAAAGAAGUGUGACGGUAAGACUACGGUAUCAUUUCUGAAGGAUAUCAUAUUAAGAUAUGGGUACCCGCAUAGUAUCAUCACGGACAAUGGAACGAACUUCGCGGAGGGGCCUUUCGCGCGAUUCUGUGCUGAAAAGAAAAUCCGAUUGGAUGUUGCUUCUGUAGCACAUCCUCAGUCUAAUGGGCAAGUGGAAAGAGCAAAUGGCAUGGUCUUGGCCGGCAUAAAACCCCGGCUAAUCGAACUGUUGGAGCGCACUCCGGGAUGCUGGCUGGGUGAACUUCCGGCUAUGCUGUGGAGUCUCAGGACGACUCCCACUCGCUCUACAGGCUACACGCCAUUUUUCCUCGUAUACGGGGUAGAAGCUGUCUUACCAGCCGACAUUGAACAUAACUCU